AUGAAGACUCAGGUGCUACAGUCAGGGCUCGAAUACCUGCAGCUGGUUGGUCUCUGGGGCGAAAGGCCACGUCCAGUGUAUCGCUAUUUCGCUCUGCUUUCCUUUGAGGUCGCCUUUCUGUUCAUUCCGAAGAUUCUAUUCGGUCUCGGAGAGGAAGGAUUUGAUUCGUUUGCCUGUAACCUGGCAGAGUUGAUCUUCAUCGGCGAGGUGGCUGUUUCCUUUGCUCUCUUCAACUGUCGAUCGCGUUCCUUCGAGAAGUUGGUGGCCAAUUUACGCACCGUUGUCGAACGACUUGAUGCGGAGCCAAGUGUUAACGGUACUCGCAAGUCUAUUGGAAAAAUAGAGAGAUUUUGCAGCAUGUACACAACUUAUGUUUGGAUUGUGAUGAUGAUUUAUGGCGGCAUUCCGCCAAUUUCGUCACUAGUGAUUUACUUUUCGAAAUCGGAAGGCGAACGAGACGAAUUUAUGGUUUAUUUUAGCCUUUACUGGAUGGACAUUCGACACAACAUACUGCACUAUGGUAUUUAUUUCGUAGUCGUGUUCUUGGCAUGUACAUGUUCCGCAUAUCAAAGCAUACUGAAAGUGACGGCAGUUUCUGCAAUUGUACAGUAUGGUGCCGUGAUGUUUGAGUUUACUACGCAGAAGAUCAAGCGCCUUGCCGAGUUAGCGGAACAAGAUGAAAGGCGUAAGGAGUUACGGGAGAUUAUUGAAAUUCACAAACUAGCCCUGGAGUAUGCUGCUCACUUGGAGAGAACAGUUUCUUUUUUCCUCCUAAAUCAAAUGUCUUGUUGCGUUCUAAUGAUGUGCUUGAUGAUGUACUACGUCACAACAAGCUUUGGGACACGUGCGGUGAAUAUCAUCUUGAUGAUCAUAAUAAUGAUGGGAGAGAUGGGCCUUCAUUGUUUUUAUGGAAGCAAAUUAAGCGAAAAGGCUGCCGAAGUCGGAAAUGUCAUGUAUGCCCACGCAUGGUACCUAGAAGCAGUCGAUGUGCAAAAGGAUAUGCAGCUUAUCAUUGCACGGUCCCAGCGGCCAACUGCUAUAACAGCAGGAAAAUUUUACUUCGUCAACAUAGAGCGAUUCGCGAUCGUAAAUCAGGCGUCCUAUUCCUACUACUUAAUAUUGAAAAAUACUUUUUAG